UUGUGAGGAGCUACAGCAAGUCUUGCCCUAACCAACAGAGCACAAAUAGCUUUGAUCUUCAGCAUCAUAAAUUGACAAAGGCCAUUCCUCUUCUGGCAGACCAUGCUUUCUGGGGAUGCUAAUGCUGGUUGUGUAUGAGAUAAGUGAUGACUCUCAACAUGGGAAAGAUGUUGCAACGUUCAAAAGCGGAUCAAAUUUGUGGGCCAUGGCACAAGGAAAUAAUUAUGGGCAAAGCAGCAACGGGGUGGCUGAUGAAUCCCCAAACAUGCUGGUGUACAGAAAGAUGGAAGACGUCAUAGCCCGCAUGCAAGAUGAGAAAAAUGGGAUUCCUAUUCGUACAGUCAAAAGUUUUCUUUCCAAGAUCCCCAGUGUCUUUUCUGGUUCAGACAUUGUUCAAUGGUUAACGAAGAACUUAUCUAUAGAAGACCCAGUGGAAGCUCUACAUUUGGGAACACUGAUGGCAGCACAUGGCUAUUUCUUUCCAAUCUCAGACCAUGUUCUAACACUAAAGGAUGACGGCACCUUUUAUCGAUUCCAGACACCCUAUUUUUGGCCAUCAAAUUGUUGGGAGCCGGAAAACACAGACUAUGCCGUUUACCUCUGCAAGCGGACAAUGCAAAACAAAGCAAGGCUAGAGCUCGCAGACUAUGAAGCUGAGAGUUUGGCCAGGUUACAGCGAGCAUUCGCUCGGAAGUGGGAGUUUAUUUUUAUGCAAGCUGAAGCACAAGCAAAAGUCGACAAGAAGAGAGACAAGAUAGAGAGGAAGAUUCUUGACAGCCAGGAGCGAGCAUUCUGGGAUGUGCACCGGCCGGUGCCUGGAUGUGUAAACACUACUGAAGUGGAUAUAAAAAAAUCUUCAAGAAUGAGAAAUCCACAUAAAACAAGAAAGUCUGUCUAUGGCUUACAAAACGACAUUCGAAGUCACAGCCCUACCCACACACCAGUACCAGAGACUAAGCCACCCACAGAAGAUGAACUACACCAAGAGAUUAAGCACUGGCAAAUGCAAUUAGACAGACAUAGAUUAAAAAUGUCAAAAGUUGCAGAGAGUCUAUUAGCUUAUACAGAGCAGUAUUUGGAAUAUGAUCCCUUUCUUGUGCCCCCUGAUCCCUCAAACCCUUGGAUAUCAGAUGACACCACUUUCUGGGAACUGGAGGCAAGCAAAGAGCCAGGACAGCAAAGGGUGAAACGAUGGGGGUUUGGCAUGGAUGAAGCUUUGAAAGACCCUGUGGGAAGAGAGCAGUUUCUGAAAUUCCUGGAGUCAGAAUUCAGUUCAGAAAAUUUAAGGUUCUGGUUAGCAGUAGAAGACUUGAAGAAGAGGCCUAUCCGUGAAGUUCCUGCUCGCGUCCAAGAAAUCUGGCAAGAAUUUCUUGCUCCAGGUGCACCCAGCGCUAUCAAUCUAGAUUCAAAAAGCUAUGACAAAACCACACAGAAUGUAAAGGACCCUGGAAGAUACACAUUUGAAGAUGCUCAGGAGCACAUUUACAAACUGAUGAAAAGUGAUUCUUAUCCUCGUUUUAUACGAUCCAGUGCCUACCAGGAGCUGCUACAGGCCAAGAAAAAGUUGGAAAACACUCUGGAUCGUCGAACAUCUUUUGAGAAAUUCACACGCAAUGUGGGCAGAAACAUCCCUAUUUUCCCAUGCCAUAAAAACUGUACACCAACACUGAGGGCGAGCACUAACCUGUUAUGA